AUGAGCAAAGGCUGCUAUACUUGUCGUCGCCGCCGCAUUAUCUGCGACAAUGGGCUCCCCACGUGUCGGAAGUGUCGGGACGCGGGGAAGGACUGUCUGGGAUAUCAGAAGCCGCUUGUUUGGGUCAAAGGUGGAGUGGCUAGCCGGGGCAAGAUGAUGGGUCGCAGUUUCAACGAUGUCAAAAAUAAUAUUGAUGAUAACGAGGGCCCUGAAACAUCCGUUCAAUACGCCUCCGCCGAGUGCUUGCCUGACAGUGCGGGUUCUUCGGCUUUGAUACACCCCGAAAAACCCAUACCCGAUGGCAGCGAAACCGACGGCGAGAAGCUGACACGGACAGCUCGCCAGCAGGAGCUUAUUACUUUCAACAGUGUCCCGACGCCAAAACCUCUCGUGGAUCCAUUGUUCAAGGACUGCAAUCGGCUGUCCAGGUUUUAUAUCGAUCACUUCAAUCGGAACCUUGCAGGAGUAUUGACGCUCUACUCCGAAGUGAAAAAUCCGUUUCGAGAUCUCAUUUCUUUGGUGGGGGACUCCCCCGUCAUUGCCCACUCUCUCGCGGCCAUGGGCGCCUUGCAUUACGUUAUUGUAGCAAACGGGGAAUUUUCCCCCAUGCCGUGGCCCGCAGAGAUGGCAUCAGCGAGCAGUACACCCUCUCCUCCUGACGGGGCUAGGCCGACCGAGCUCAGCUCCUUGUCCCGUCGUUCGUUUACCCAGGUGUACGAGCACUUUCUGGCAAUGAAACACCGUGCCCUACAUCAGCUGUCGCGGGACAUCACCGACCCCUCACUUCGAAAUGAUAAUAGGACGCUAGCAGCGAUUAUGGUUCUUGCUUUGAUGGACGCGAUCGAAUCGGGGCACGGGGCAUGGAAGUUUCAUAUUGAGGGGGCAAAGAAACUGUUACAGAGUCGAGAACGGAUCACCCCUACCCAAAAUCAUACACAACCUAUGAUAAGUUGGCUGGAUGAUUUCGCUACUGAUGGGUGUCUUGUAAUCCAGCUCAUGGGCGCCACUCUUGCCCGACCCGGUUCGCUUUCGAAGCCCUUCUAUACUUCAGCAAUGGGGGCACCCGUUCUCAAACGCCUCGAGCGGACGUCAUGGGUCGGCUGUCCCGCGUAUCUUCUAGAAGCCAUUUUCUUCGUGCAUGCAUUUUUCGACCUUGAGCUGGCCGACGACCCCAGCUCUCAACCGAGCACCGUCUUUCCCUCCGCAUAUCUCCCUCUCGGUUCGAACCCGCUUCAAUGUCCCGAAAACCUCGCUAGACACAUUCAAGCCUUCGAUCCCGUGGCCUGGGCAGAGUCGCUUCAAACCACUCUCUUUUUGCCAGACCUAUCUAUGCGAAUCGCCCUUGCCACCAGCUACAAGGCAGCAGUCUAUCUCUACGCUACCCGAGUCCUCUCCCGACCCCGGCCCGGCGCGACAACCGUCUCCACAAACUUCGGUCUUCCCCCAGAUCACGCCGAGGUCGCGGCUCUCCUCAUCCACCAAGUUACCCUAAUCCCCUCCACUGACCCACACUUCAAAUGCCUCAUCUGGCCCUCCUUCAUCGCGGGCGCUGAGUGCAGAGACCCCACCCAGCGCCCCUUCCUCCUCCAAACCCUCCGCACCCUCUACUUCCACAUUACGAGCGUCAACGUCCGCAAUUCCGCCUGGGUUCUGAUCAUGAUGUGGCGCAAACGCGAUCUCAGACGCGAAGAACGAUCGAAGCUCCGUGCGGAUCCAGAUCGAGAGAGCACGGUAUUCUCCACGGCUUCAACAUCGCCGUCCUUCACCGCUACUACCUCUAUUAAUACCCCUUCCACCACAACUGCCACUCCCUCCACGGCAACUCCUCUGAGUACUAAUGACGACUACUAUUACGAUGAUGAUGACUUUGACUGGAUUCAAGAGCUGGAUGAUUCCCAGAUUGAUUGGCUCUUUAUCUGA